GGGAAGACCGGUACCCACGCAGCUCCGGAGAGGGAGGGGGGAAGAAGGUGGUGCGAAUAAAGACGCAUCGGUUGGGGCCAUGGCCACCUUUACACGGGAAGAGUUUUACCAGCAGCUGUUGAGCAGUUGUGUGCUGCCAACUGCUCAGCAGGGUUUUGAACAGGUUUGGACUCUGCUGCUCUUGUGUCUAGCUUGCCGUCUCCUAUGGAGGUUAUCUCUACCAUCCUAUGUUAAGCACCUGAGCACCAUCGCUAGUGGCUUCUAUGCCCUCUACCACUUCUUUCAGCUGCAGAUGGUGUGGGUUGUGCUCCUCAGCCUCUUGUGCUACCUGGUUUUAUUCCUGUGUCGCCACUCAACUCAGCGUGGAGUUCUGCUCUCCAUCACCAUCCUCAUCUAUUUGCUUAUGGGAGAGAUGCAUAUGGUAGACACUGUGAGUUGGCACAAGAUGAGAGGUGCCCAGAUGAUUGUGGCAAUGAAGGCUGUAUCAUUGGGCUUUGAUCUGGACCGGGGCGAGGUACCAACCAUUCCGUCCCCAGUUGAGUUCAUGGGGUAUAUCUACUUUGUCGGAACUGUUAUUUUUGGACCCUGGUUCCGCUUUCGCACCUAUCUGCAGGCUGUAGAGAGCAGGAAAAUAACUUUUUCCUGGUUUCAGAAGGUCUUUCUGAGCUUCUUCCUCUGCCUUGUGUGCCUCAUCAUGUCCACCUGUGUGGCUCCCUAUCUCUUCUCAUACUUCAUACCCCUCUACAGCUACAAGCAACUUAGGAAGAAGCGCAGAAGCAGGAGUACUUUAAUGAGGUGGCUCAGGGCUUAUGAGAGUGCCAGUUCCUUCCAUUUCAGCAAUUACUUUGUGAGCUUUCUGUCUGAGACUACAGCCACCCUGGCAGGAUCAGGUUUUACAGAGGAAAAGGAGAAUUUGAAAUGGGACCUGACAGUGUCUCGUCCUGUGAGGGUGGAGUUGCCACGUUCUAUGGUGGAGGUGGUAACCAGCUGGAACCUACCAAUGUCACGAUGGCUAAACUCCUAUGUCUUUAAGAACUCCUUGAAAUUGGGGACCUUCUCGGCCAUCAUUGUAACUUAUGCAGCUAGUGCCCUCUUACAUGGUCUGAGCUUCCAUCUGGCUGCUGUGUUGUUGUCGCUUGGCUUCAUCACUUACAUUGAACACGUUCUCAGAAAGAGGUUGUCUGUCAUCUUUGAUGCCUGUAUACUCUCCAAGAAGUGUCAACCAGGAUGUUCACAUCGGAACAGCACGAAUCUCUGGGUUCGUCUCCUCAACGUGCUCUUUGGGGCUCUCGCUGUCUUCCACUUGGCCUACUUAGGCUCAUUAUUUGAUAUGGAUGCCGAUGAGACUAUGGAAGAACAGGGCUACGGCAUGUCUUACACCAUCAACAAAUGGUCUGAGUUGAGCUGGGCCAGCCACUGGGUGACCUUCGGGUGCUGGGUCUUCUAUCGUCUCAUCAGCUGAAGCAGGAUUGUCAUGUGAACUUGAAGAGAUGGAGCAGGGGAUGGGUGGAGAGGCAGAACUGAAGACUCCUCACCUUCAAGGACAUUGGAUGCCCACCAUCAACUUGAGUGCCAUGCAUAUUGACUUAUUCAUUCUUUCUCUGGGAUGCUGAUGGAGGGAAGGGGCUCCCCAGCAGUUCAGUUGUGUGCCCUAAAGAGGGGAGGAACAUGCGUCCCAUGUAGAAAAGGCUGGUCGAGUACCACAGUAUUUUCCUGAAUACCUAUUUUUAAAAAGCCUUUUCUUCCUUUUCCAACAUGGUCUGCACUACAGUAUCUAUAAUAUUCUUCCAUUGGCUUCCUGGGGCUUGUAGGAGUUGUUAUCUAGAAGGUACCAGAUUGCCAGUUCAGAUAUUAUACCUCUUGUACCUUUUUGAGGAAAAUCUGGCUCCUGCCAGGUCCUUGUUAACACUCCCUCUAGUGGUAAUUGAAGAAACUGCACCAACUUUCCCUCCCCUCUGAAUUGUUUUUACUGCAUGUUUUUUUUGCCUCUUUUUGCUCUCUAGUGGCUGCAGGUGGGAGCUGCACCCGUUGCUUCCGAGGUACCUCUUAUUACUCCUUAUGGAAUUCUGUCUUUGGUGUAAAGUCUGAUGAUUAGCCAGUGGGAAUCAUGAUGCUUUAAACAGCAUUGAAGAUGCUGUUGAUUAUCUUUAUAAAUAGGGUAGUUUGUGUAGAUGUAGUAGCUUUCUCUGUUUUGCUUCUUGGAUUUUUCAGACGAUCAUGGCAGAAGCAUUGUUGAGGCCAAGGCGAAGAGGGCUGGAAAGACUGGAAAGAAGCACAAGCAAUUCUAACUAGGGAUAACCCUCAAGGAGAACCGAACCGUUUGAAAUGUUCACUAUCUGAAUCUAUGGAAUUCCUGUUCAUUUCAAUUUUUAUCCGCUGUGAUGAUGGGGCAGAAACUGGCAGCGUUUUUUAAAAUCAGAGUGUAGCUGCCUGCUCAGAUAUUUAAUUCAGUGUCAAAUUCUGCACAGAAGCUUAAACUGCACUAGUAAUAGCAUACAAUUGAUUUGGAUUAAUUAAUCUGGAAUAACGCUUGCUCCAUAGUUGAAUAUAUUGUGAAUAAAGUGCCCACUAAGGGUUUUAAAAAAAGGAGGACAGGGAGAGGAGAACCAUCGUGCCUUGACAUAUGUUACCCUCCUGUCUUUAUAAAAAGACCAACAGCUUAUUUGAGUGGAGGAAGUAUUCCCCAAUUUCUGUUACACAGUAUUUACAAGCUAAGGAUUGCGUUGUUUCCUUUGUCAUCAACGCACCGAUAAUCCCAUGGCAGGAUCUCUCCUGAAAUGCAUACAAGCUGUAUACUUCCUGUUAGAAGUACCACCCUGUCAUUGGAGCAAAGAACGAACCUUUAACCUGUUUUUGCCAAGGGGGAGGGAGGCAAGAUCACGACUGGGAACCACAGGAUCAGAAUGUUCAACAUGGACAAUACCUAAUAAUGGAAAUUUGGAACAUUGAGCAACUCUCUUCUCCUGGAAAGGGAAGCUAAAUGCAGACAAGCCUUUUACACUGGACAAAUAGUCAUCAACUUGCAACCUUCAUUUCUUAUUUUUUUCAAAAUUACAACAGCAUUAAAAAAAUGACUUAAAACUGAUAACACUUAAAACUUGUCAUACCAUCCCCACAGUCACAUGAUUAAAAUUUGGGCGCUAGGCAACCGACGUGGUUGUAGCAAUCUGGGGUCAUGAGAUCACCAUUUGUGACCUUUGUGGCCAGCUUCUGACAAGCAGAGCCAAUGGGAGAAAUGGGAUUCGCUUAAUGGCCACCUGAAACACUUAACGGCAGCGAUUUGCUUAACAGCCACGGCCAAAGAAAGUUAUACAAUUGGGCACGACUUACUUGACAACCACCUGGCUUAGCAAAGGAAAAUCUGGUCCCAGUUGUGAUCCUAGGUCAGUGGGUCUGCAACCUUAAACACUCGAA